AUGAAAGAUGAAAAUUUUGUCCCAACAUAUUCUGAAAACGCAAAUUCUGAAGAAAGUGCAAAUUUCGAGGAUAAUAAAACUGAAAUGGACGAUUCCAUUCCUAAGGUUGGAAUGCAGUUUCCCAGUGAAAAUGAAGUUUAUGACUUUUAUAUGCGAUACGCGUAUGCCACGGGUUUUCCUGUGAGAAAAGAAGUUUGGGGAGGGAUGAUGAUGGAGUUCUACGAUAUUUGCGAAGGACGAAAAAAUAGUUCUGCAGGAACUUCAAUGAAGCCGCAACCCAUAAGUAAUACAGGGUGUAAAGCUAGAAUAUCCGUAUCAUUGGACAUACAUGUAGAUGGGCAUAUGGGGACGAGGUACGAGGUAUGUGAAGAUGUAAUGUGUGGAGAUCGGAGGAAGAAGAAAAUAUUUGAUGCAUGGUUUAACAAAGAGAUAAAUGAAGUGUCAUGUAGUUGCCUUUUAUUCGAACAUGCAAUCACAGUUAUGAUACAUGAUGACUUUGUUGCGGUGCCCGAUCGAUAUAUAUUACGACGAUGGAGAAAAGAUAUUAACCGAGCGCACACGAGGGUAGCCGUUAGCUAUGAUGGUUUGGGUAUUACUCCAGCCCAAAAAAGGUAUGAUGACAUGGGUCGGUCAUUCGAAGAAGUGGCAGACCUUGCAGCGGACGAUGAAGAGAAAUAUGUUAUCAUCCGAUCUUGGAUAAAAAAUCAUAAGAAAGAACUUAUUUUGACAAAGCAUAGUUAUGGUGACACUAACACUUUACAUUGUACUUCCCGUCAAGCAAAAGGAAAUGAGAAUAUAAAGGAUCCAAAAGCAUCAAAGAGAAAAGGUGCGCCUAGGACAAAACGGAAAAAAGCUCCCCUGGAAGUCAACUCAAAUAAAUCAAAGGUACGCUUAAGGAAAGUAAAGAAAAAUGAUCCAAUAGCGACACCUGAUAGCAUCACAAAUCAAGACACUCGUGCCCAAGAACCAAGGGACUCCACCAUUCUGAACUUGCGAGAUGAUGUCCUUCCCAUUCAGUACCUGCGAGAAGAUGACGACCUACUUACGUAG